AUGAGUGCUGUGUCGACCCCCACCAACCGCAAUCUGCACAAGGGAAGCACCGUCUUCUUCGCUGCCCAGCCAAAGUUCACCAACGUGGACAUCCGGGUCACCAUCGACGUGACCUUCAGGGAGGUGGAGGUUUACGUGUCCAACUCCCAUGACACCUUCAUCGUAGAAGUGGACCUCCACACAGGCAUCCACGCCAUCAAGAUCGAGGACGAGUCGGCGGCCCGAGGUGGGGCGAGCGGGGGGGAUAAGGAGACGCCUCCAUCACCUAUGAAGGUGUAUGCCAACUCCUCAUCCAGCCUGGGUGGGCCCAUGCUCCCCAACACCCCCCUGCAGCUCCAUGCCAAGCCCCAGGGGGCGGACAGGGAGGUACGGGAGGCCAAGACGGAGGGGCUCAUCUCCUACAUCACGGUGUGGAAGCCCCAGACGGUGCUGAUUGUUCGAGGUGUCCGUGUGGUCAUCACCUUCCCCAAUGAGGUCCACUCCCUGAAGUCCAGCCGCUUCUACAUCGCCCUGCGCGGUGUAGGCACAGAUGAGAGACGGGGCGAGUUCCAGGGCCUGCUCUUCCUCCGCCAGGACCAGGCCCACAUCGACCUGUUCGUCUUCUUCUCCUGCUUCUUCCUCUUCCUCUGCGUCCUCCUCUGGAAGAUCAAGCAGUUCAUGGACUUCCACCGAGAGCAGAGGCGUCAUAUCCAGGAAAUGACCAAGAUGGCGUCCAGGCCUUUCGCCAAGCUCACUGUCUAUUUGGAGCCAGAUGAGCCCCAGCUCUCAUCAGGGGGCGGAGGGGUGGGGGGCAGUGCCCUGUCCCUGGCCCAUGCACGCACAGGCAAGCUAGGGGCCGUUGUAGUUGGCCAGAGGGGGCGAGCUCCUACAAAUACGAGUCAGGCGCAGGCCUCACCGUCCACCAUCACCACCACCUUACCCUGGGCGGAGGGGGCAACAGUGGGCAACACCUGCCCCUGCAUUACCUCAACAGCCACCACUAUGUCCCCACCACCGCCAACACCACCACCACCCAUCCUCCCACAGCGGCUACCAGCACUUCUGCCGCUCCGACCCCUUCCUGUCCCAGCUCAUGGGCUUCUCCUACUCCACCUUCAAGGUGGCCACGGUCCUCAUCCUGCUGCCGGGGGGCAUCCUGGCCCCUAAUCGCACCUGCCUGGGGUCCGCCCUGGUCACACUACGGCAGAAUCUCCAGGAGUACUGUGGUCACGGCAAUGGAGGGGGACACCCCGGGGCGGGAGGGGAGCGCAAAGGCCUGCUAGGGCAUCAGCACCUCACCACCAUGGCUAUGUAGAGGGGGGGCGAACAUGUGCUUUAUACCCCAAAAAGUGACAAUCAAACAUUGCCAAUAAAAACAAGAGAUAGAAGGCUUAGUCCACUAAGGUAUACGUCACUUCCUCUUGAAUUUGCAGACGUGUUGCUGUGCGUUUUGUUGCCAACCUUACUUUGCUAGCUGACAACUUUACGUUUUUUUUCUUUUUACU